AUGAAGUCGGUGCAUCUCGUCCACGCCGGGAGCAGCACGUUUGGGCAGACGCUGUUCAACACCGUGGCGAUCUUACUCGGUAUCGGGAUGCUCAGCGAGCCUCUCGCAUUUGCGUGCGCGGGAUGGGUGGGAGGAUCGGCGCUGCUAUUCUUCUACGGUAUCCUAACAUGCUACACUGCGAAGGUGCUAGGGAAAAUCAUGCACACGGAUCCCCGGAUCCGUUCUUACUCGGAUGUUGCCCGCAAAGCGUUUGGUCCUCGAGCAACGCCGUUCAUUAGCACGUUGUUCGUCCUGGAGCUCUUUGCGGUUAGCAUUGCUCUCGUGACGCUAUACGCUGACUCGCUGCACUCGAUUGUCCCUAUUCAUUCAGCAAGUACAUACAAGCUAAUCGGCGCUGUGAUUCUAAUACCCACGACGUUCAUGCCCUUACGACUGCUAUCGUUCACGUCCUUUGUCGGAAUAUUAUCGACUAUCUUCAUCGUUAUCGUCUUGUUUAUUGACGGAUUGGCCAAGAAAACGAGCCCCGGUAGCCUCUGGGAGCCAGCCAAGACCUCGAUAGGUCCAACUUCUUUCGGUGAACUAGGCAUUGCCUUUGGUGAGUACAUCCGGCAGUUGUCGUUUUCGGGGCAUGCCGUAAUACCCUCACUCGCUCGUGAUAUGCAAGACCCAUCGCAAUUCGAUACCAUGGUAGACUGGGCAUUCGCCGCAGCUACUGUCAUUUAUUUCUUGAUUGGUGCCGCAGGCUACCGCAUGUUCGGACACAGUGUAUAUGACGAAGUCAGCAGGAACUUGAUUUCGACUCCAGGCUACAAUUCGACGCUCAAUAGGGUAGCUCUGUGGACCCUUGUCAUUAGCCCCUUAUCGAAGUUUGCUCUCACCACCCGACCUGUGAACUACACCCUCGAGAUCAUGCUCGGGCUGGAAAGUUUUGCCACCACAGACGAGCACCGCAUCAAGCCGCUGUCUGCUAUCCAGCACACGCGCCAUUUGCUUAGUUGGCGGCAGUUCUUCAUUGCGCUCGAGCGUAUCGGCUUCACGCUAUGCUCCAUUAUUGUAUCGAUACUGGUACCGGAGUUCAGCGCGAUGAUGGCCUUCCUUGGGGCGUUCUCAGCUUUCAUGCUAUGCGUGAUAGGCACGUCCAUUGCACCCCUUCCUGCAUGCUCCGUCAUGGACGCAGCAAUCAUUAUUACUGGCGUCGUAAUGGCUGCAUGGGGUACGGGAGCUGCGAUCUGGUCCACCGGAUGA